UUUCGGGAUGCUGCCUACCUAACAUCUGGUCGUCGCUGGUCUGCAACUUUCGAACAGCUGAACUUGACUAUCCACGGCAGUCUCUUACGAACGCGAGUGCCGUUAAAAUCAAAACGCUAACAGGAGGGUGCGUUUGUUGCCUCCGAAUCCGAGUACAUAUUUCUUAAUUGUGUUCACCAUCCUCAUCAUCAUCAUCGUAUCGUCGUCAUAUACUUAUAUAUGCGAAUGAUUUUUCAUUUUCGUGUAUUUUGAAAAAAAAGAAAAAACAAAAAAAUAUAAUACUUAAAUCAUAUCUACAACAAACAACACAAUAUUCUAAAAUUAGAACAACGAAUGAAACCAAAUUUCUAAUAUAUGACAAAAUAAAAUAAUAAAAAAACGGAAUUUUAAGGGAAUGGAAAAUAUUGUUUUUCAUAGUUUAUAACCUAGAAGAAGCAUAGUCACCACUUCAAGGAUUCGUAGUGUGCUUGAAUUGAUUACGCUACCUUGAGAUUUGGAAUAAUCAGAAUAAAGUGUUCAUAGCGAGCUUCUCGAAACCGCAAAAUCCUUUUUUCCAGCCCAAAAUAAGAAAAAAAAAAAAAUCAAAAUUGAUCUAAAACUCAAAAUGCCCGCUUCAAAUACAAUUGUUUUGAAAAGUUUAUCCAUACUACUGGGUUUGUUUUUCGUUUUUGUGGGCACCCUUAAGUUAACGCCUCACAUUAGCAAGGAUUUAUACAAGGAUUUGCGCACAGAAUAUGUCAAAUAUGCCAAGGUAUUUCCUCUAACGGCACUCUUCGGCGUCAAAAUUCCCUCGAAAUGGUAUCGACGUUCCGUUGGCGUCCUGGAAAUUGUAUGUGGUCUGGCCAUGGCACUUAUUCCAUACCAUAAAGUUAAAAAUGCUGCCAAUAUUACCCUCUUAGUAUUAAUGCUGCUUGGUAUUUAUCAACACUGGAUGGUUAGUGAUCCGUUUGAACGUUCCGGACCAGCGUUGGUCUUUACAUUCAUGUUGGGUGGACGAUUAGUCGUUUGGUAUCAGACUAGCCGCAAAGAAGCCGAACAAAUCGCCCAGGCGCAAGCACAAACAAAUGGUGUCAAACAGGACUAAACAUUUAAUUUAUGUUUUUGAUACAAUAUGCGCCUGCAGACGUACAUAUUUGGAUACGGGAGAAGUAGAUUCAUAACAAACUAAAUUUUGUUGUGUAUGGUCUCACACAAUUUGCAACUUGGUUUCUUCGCCACAAAUCAAUCUUGACUCAAAUUUUUAAAAAAUUGUUUAAAAUACACAGAACAGUAAUAAUAAUUUCAAAUAAAAACAGCAACAACAAUAGCAUUUCGUACUAUUCACAGUCACAUUUUCACACACACACAAACACAAAAUUAAUUAAAAAGAGUAAGAAAAUAAUAACAUCAUUGAACACUUAUAAAGAAAUAAAACUACGAAUAUAAAAACAAUGUUCAAUAAAAACUAAACACAUGGA